AUGGCAGCGAGCGACUCUACCACGGACGACAGUCUUUAUCCAAUUGCUGUUUUGAUCGACGAACUAAAAAACGAAGAUGUACAGGUAAUUCUGAAAACGUUUGACGUCUAUAUUUCAUAAUUGCAAAGUAAUCGAUUUAUUAUACCGCUUGCCAUUGCUAAAGAAAACAGAGUGUCAAGGCGGCUACAGCGGUAGCGUAUACGAUUCCAUGGAAUACUUCUUUACUCUCCUGUCAUUGUAUUCUAAAUAUUCUCCUUUCUAUAUCGAUACACCUAGCAUUGUGGUAUAUCUAUUUAGAUAAUAACACUCUCGUCAAAUGCUUCUAGGCUUAAAGACUUAAAUUCAAGGAGAUAUAUUAUUUUAGUUUAGUUAGUAAUUGAUAAAAAAAAAAGGCACUUGUGAAGAUAAUGAGUGAAUUAUAAAGGAUUGACCAGCAUAUUUACAGAAUCGUUUUUGUUACAGUUACGGCUGAAUUCGAUCAAAAAAUUAUCCACGAUUGCCCUUGCAUUGGGCAUUGAACGAACACGUAGCGAAUUAAUACCAUUUUUAACUGAGUCUAUGUACGAUGAGGAUGAGGUUUUACUAGCUUUGGCAGAACAGCUUGGACAAUUUACUCCUCUCGUAGGAGGUCCAGAAUAUGUACAUUGUUUAUUGAAACCUCUAGAGAGUCUGGCAACAGUUGAAGAAACUGUUGUUAGAGAUAAAGCAGUGGAAUCUUUAAGAACAAUUGCUGCUCAACAUAGCUCAACAGAUCUAGAGGAACAAUUUGUUCCUUUAAUACAUCGUUUGGCAACAGGAGAUUGGUUUACAUCAAGAACAUCAGCAUGUGGUUUAUUUAGUGUUUGUUAUCCACGUGUUAAUCCAACAGUUAAAGCAUGUUUACGAAACCACUUUCGUAACUUAUGUCAAGAUGAUACUCCUAUGGCACGUCGAUCUGCUGCUUCACAUUUAGGUGAAUUUGCAAAAGUUAUGGAACUUGAAUAUGUAAAGGCAGAUUUAAUUCCAAUGUUUGUUAUUUUGGCUCAAGAUGAACAAGAUUCAGUACGUCUUUUGGCAAUUGAAGCUUGUGUUAGUAUUGCAGCACUGUUACCACAAGAAGAUGUAGAACAAUUAGUUAUGCCUACACUUAGACAAUGUGCAAGUGAUCAGUCAUGGCGUGUACGUUAUAUGGUGGCAGAUAAAUUUACAGAUGUGAGCUAUUUUUGUAUAUUUGUCUUGUUUCUACUUCAAAAAGCUGUAGGUCCAGAAAUUACAAAAACGGAUCUUGUACCAGCAUUUCAAGUACUAUUAAAAGAUAUAGAGGCUGAAGUACGAGCAGCUGCAGCUGAUAAAGUUCGCGACUUUUGUCAAAAUCUCGACAAAUUCAAUCAAGAAUCUAUUAUCAUGACACAAAUAUUGCCGAUAGUUAAAGAGCUUGUAUCAGAUCCAAACCAACAUGUGAAAUCAGCUUUAGCAAGUGUUAUAAUGGGUCUUAGUCCAAUACUUGGGAAACACAAUACAAUCGAACAUUUGUUACCAUUAUUUUUAUCACAACUCAGAGACGAAUGUUCGGAAGUUCGUCUAAAUAUUAUCAGCAAUUUAGAAUGUGUUAACGAAGUUAUUGGAAUACAACAACUUUCACAAUCUCUUUUACCAGCUAUUGUAGAAUUAGCUGAAGAUUCAAAAUGGCGUGUGAGAUAUGCCAUCAUAGAAUAUAUGCCAUUAUUAGCUGGACAACUUGGAGUAGAAUUCUUUGAUGAAAAACUAAAUUCCUUGUGUAUGACUUGGUUAGUAGACCAUGUUUAUGCCAUCAGAGAAGCAGCGACAUUAAACCUGAAAAAACUCGUAGAAAAAUUUGGCCCUGAAUGGGCACAGAAUACUGUAAUACCUAAAGUUUUAGCAAUGUCAAGGGAUCAAAAUUAUCUUCACAGAAUGACGUGUUUAUUCUGUAUCAAUGUGUUGGCAGAAGUAUGUGGUCCAGAAAUAACAACAAGAGUGAUGCUUCCAACUGUCUUAGGAAUGGCCACUGAUAAUGUUGCUAAUGUUCGAUUUAAUGUUGCUAAAACCCUUCAAAAAAUUGGACCUUAUCUUGAACCUUGUGCAGUACAGGCUCAAGUAAAACCUGUACUUGAUAAGCUCAAUACAGACAGUGAUGUCGACGUCAAAUAUUUUGCUUCAGAGGCAAUUGCAGGCAUCGCAGGUAAAAUUUUUAUUAGUUCCACAAAAUAUUACUGUUGAGAAAAAAAUCUGUACUUUUUAUUUAUUAUUUUAAAAUUACACUUUUUAUAGAAUUUAUACUAUGUUUCAGCGUAGGUUGA